UAUUAGGAAAUUAACUUCCGUUCUUGUCGUCGACACGGUGGAUCGGCAAUAUUAAGAGCCAGUUCCAAGUAUGACAUCGACUCGCGUACUUCGCGCUUGCAAACUCACUCUCAUUUUCUCCCAGUCAUUCAUUAUCGACUCAAAGUCCUCCCACUUAUUUCUUCUUGAGCUUCAACCACCCAAUUUUUGAAAACCAAAAAACAAGUCAAUCAAUCGACGAUCGCAAGAGGUGUUAUAAUUCAAUAUAAAUACUAAUAAAAAUUUUUUUUAAUCAACACAUUAUGCAACAGUGUUAGAUUUAAACAGUGCAGAUUUAUGAAGUGCAGAUUUAUGAAGGCCGUGAAGAGAUUUAUAUAAUAAUUUUAUCAUUUUUAUAAUGACUUAAUCAGAGGAAAAUUUUUUUCCAAAAAUACAAACGUUGAUUUGUUUUUAUUUUUCUUUUUUUUUGUUAAAUAAAUUUGUUAAAAAAAACAAAAAAAUAAAAAUGCUGCUGAUUGGAAGCUUCUUUCGGCGAAUCACCAAGGACUUACGUCAAAAAGAAUUACUACCAUUGAAGCUUAUAUUUUUUGUCCAAGCGUCAACGCUGUACGUGCUCUAUCCUUAUCUGACGAUACACAUGAGAGAACUCGGAAUAAAUGUCGAAGAAACGGCAAUUAUGAGCGCGGUAACUCCGUUCAUAGCAAUUGUGAUGCCACCGGUCGCUGGAGUCGUCGCAGAUCGAAUAGGAAAUUUCAAGAUAAUGCUGUCGUUCUUCUCUUCACUGGGAGGCGCAGCCGCGCUUCUACUGCUGCUAGUUCCAGUCGGGAGAGUCACUGUUAAGUAUCCAGACCAACUAGUAAUGGAUUUAGGCUGCUCUAGAAAUGAUAGUAAUAUAAUAAUUACGAUUAAUCAAAUGAAUCAUCAUUGUGAUAAUCGUGUUAAUCCUGAUAUAAUGGCGAGAGUACAGAGCUGCGGUUACAUUUGCCACGUUGACUUGCACAAUCAGACUCAUCUCGACAAUAUUUUGACGGCUAAGGCUUAUUCCGUCGAGUUCUUCUAUGACAACUACAAUAACGAGACCUCCUCUCACCGCGUUCAUUAUAAAAGGCCUUUCAAUGAUUACAAUCAGACUGAAAUGACACAAAGUGAAAUAAUGGAACACCGUACAUUUAGAAACAAUGAGUAUUACAACUCGUGCAUACGGCAAUUAUCACGUAGCACGGUAUUCUUUCCCACCGAUAAUCAUUUGGAAUUCACCUGUCGCACCUCAAACCACCUAGAAACAGAAACAAACACCACUACUGACAGAACUGUCUGUAACUUUAAGCAAUCUCCCACGGAAAUAUCUCCAGACCCCCAUGACCGAGGCUUUAACGGGAAAGCCCGAGUGCUCGCGGACUCUGAUUUGGACGUUCUGGAGAAAAGAAAGAGGCUGAUUUUGGAGAAAUUGAGCAGCGGCUCGGAAUGGAAUCUUGCGAAAUGCGAAUCUGCUAAUCGACCUUACAGGGUUUCUGCCCAGGUGUUUGUCGACGGGGAUUCUAAUUUUCAUAAUAAUUUGAAUUUCAAAGGGUGCAGCGAACGGUGCAUUGUUACCGCGCCGAGAAAGGAUAUUUGCUCUAACAAAGACACUGUUAUUGAGUACAAUGUUCAAUUGACGUUUUGGUUCUAUUUGGCGAUUCGUGUUUUUAUAAGUAUAAUCGGCGGUACAGCAUUUGCGAUGUUCGAAGGUGCAGUUAUCGCAAUAUUACGUGAGCAAAAUGCUGAUUAUGGGCUGCAAAGAAUUUAUGGGAGUAUUGGUGGUAUGAUAUCAUCACCAUUAUCAGGAAUGCUAAUUGACUAUGCCAGCUCCGGCAAAGAGUACACCGACUUUAGACCGGCGUUUUAUCUCUACGCGGGUCUCAAAGUGGUAACGGGUGGGCUGAUGCUCGCCAUUAACCUCGAAUUCAAGUCACCGGCCCACAAUGUUUUGAGCGACGUCAUCACUGUAUUGAAAAACGUCGAGAUAGUAGCUCUUUUGCUGGCCUGCUUCAUGCUAGGAACGGCAUGGGGUUACGUAGAGUCUUUCCUCUUCUGGUUUCUCCAAGAUCUAGGAGGUUCAAGGUCACUGAUGGGCAUCACAAUAACUGUUGGAGGAAUAGCCGGGAUUCCACUGCUAGUUUUAUCUGGCCCGAUUAUCAAAAGAAUUGGUCACGCAAAUGUAUUGUUCAUCGGUUUUAUUUUCCAUGCAAUUCGCUUACUCGGUUAUUCAUUAAUUUGGAACCCUUGGCACAGUUUGAUUUUUGAAGCGCUGGAAUCGGUAACAACAUCUCUAAGUUUCACCGCGGUUGUUACGUACGCGGCCAAACUGUCAACGACAACAACUGACUCAUCAAUCCAAGGUCUACUUGGUGGGCUUUAUUACGGCGUCGGAAAAGGCGCGGGUAGUCUAAUGGGUGGAUUUAUAAUGAAAGCAGUAGGAACACGUCCAACUUAUCAAAUCUUCGCGGUGGUAUCAUUAGUAAGCGGGCUGAUAUACUUCAUCUUCAAUAUGUGUUAUCUUCGCAAGCGGCCGCAAGUCGAGGGUAAUGACAUCGUCAAGAAAGACCCAAAAAAGUCCGUCGAAAACGGGCUGGCCAUUACAGAAAAGGGAAAAAAUGACAACAUCAAUAUUAAGUACUCGAAAAACAAGGCCAGCGAAAAUGGAGGCUUCAACAAGGAAGAAAUAAAUUUAAAUUUAAAUAAUAAUUCUAAUUCAAAGACGAUUGACUCUAAGAAUAAGAAUAAGAAGAAGAAUAAGAAUAAGACUGCCGAAGCGGGAGAAGCGCAGGAGAACGUCGACAUUAUCAAGCCCCUGCCGGAAGAGAAGCCUAAGAUUAAGAAGAAGAACAAGCCGAAGAAUAACAAUGAGAUUAAUCUGAAUAAGAUUGCUACUGAAGAGGGAUUAACGAAUCCCGGGUUCGAGAAUGAUUAUUACGGUGAUAACAGUCAGUGCAGUGUUACUGUCGAAAAAGUACCGGAAGAAGAAAACAAGUGAAGAAAUAUUGUACAAUAAAAGUUUUGAAUUGUUACGCUGA